CCCUGUCUGUAGAUGGCGCGCGCCUCCCCGCGCCCCGCACCGCGCACCACACAACCCAGCCCAACCCAACAGCCUGUGUGCGUUUAUGCCGUAUCGUACCGGAUGUAAAAAAGUGUGAUUGUGUAGUGUCUGUGUAUUCGUCAGAAGACUUUAGUGCUCUUGAUUUUGGUUAGGUUUCGGCGUCUUGACCGUCGCAAUAACUAGCAGCCGCGAUGUCCUUGUCAGGUCCCUCGGGCCUGAACAAAGAUGAGCGUGUUAACCUGCGUCCUCCGCUCCCGUUGCAACGCGCACCCCGCCGCUGCUCGAUCAUCCCAGGUGUGGAAAAGACGAAGUGGGUUCACUACGACGACCCGGCGGAGCUCGUGGGCGUGAUAAAAGCCACGCCACCCUGGGACACCGUGAUUCUUCAGGUUGAAGAAGGUCCGGCCUUCGUGGCUUUUACAGACGAGGCCAGCUGCAGCUCUCCCAGGAAGAUAUUUAUGAAAGUGCCCACCAUGGAACAUUCACUGAAGAUUUGGAUGGAAGUUGCCCGGGAGGCCAAGAAACUGUCCAUAAAUGAGGAUUACAGCGAUUUCUGGCGAAGACCCGUGGACCAAACGGAUGGUCGCGAGAAUGGCCUCGACCAGAUCCUCGCCUACCUGCCAGAGGCUCGCUCUUUGAAGUCUCUAGCGAUGUACGUCGGGGAAUUCACCACGGACUUCACUUGGCCCCAGAAGGUCGUGCUCCCGCAUCUUACCAAGCUGAACUUGGUCCGAACUCAAACGGAAGAAGACCUAAAAAACCUGGAAAACCUCAGGCGCAGGAAGCGCCAGCCAAAUCCCCCGCCGAGCUCCUCGCGAUUCACGUCUGCUGCCGUCUUCGAGUCGCUGCUGCGAGCACACAGCGAGCAGCUGAUCGACGUGGCGGUGCAAAUGGAACAACUCCCGCGCCUCAUUGGCGCGCUCCCCCAAAACAUCCCACAGCUUUCCAUCACCCACAAGAGUUCACCGGUCGCACACCUGAGAGUGACGCACGGAAAUAAGCUGGAUAUUAGAUUUCUGGGCGAGAAUGCGAAACACGCCGAGUUGGUUGCGAGAGCCGUGCUCUCCUGGACUGGCCCGCGGCGCUGCCUGACUCUCCACAACGUGCCGUCCCCUGAGACGGUGAGCUUGCUGCGGGGCUGCGAGACGCACUCGCUUGUCCUGGACCCACCCCCGCUGGCCCUGAUGCUGCGUGACCCCCCCGCAUCAACGAUGCCAAACCUUUCUCCAACUGUUCCCGCUCGGCGCGAGAGGUGGAUGGCGACGGGCUUGAUGCUGGGCUGCGAGACGCGCUCGCUCGUCCUGGACCCGGCCCCGUCGCUCCAGGUGCUGCGUGACCUCCCCGCCGACGCCAUCCCCGCCCUCUGCCUGAUCACAUUGGUGUGUCACAGAUUCGGCGGGAGUACGCAGGACAAGACGUCGCACUGCUCCUCGGAACAACGAGUCCCAGUCUGCCGGGAGGCCAUCCUCGCCGACCUCGUGCUGCGCGCACCGCGGUCGCUGCACGUCAUCAGCCACUGUGCCAAAGGCGGAGGCAGCGAGUUCAACUUCGCCCCGUAUCUACUUGGGAGACAUGGCGAGUCCGAGGUUGAGUCCUGCACAGUGUGCGCAGAAGCACAGAUCCCAAACGGCGCGAUUUAUGAUCACCUGUACCCUUUACCCUACGUGCGCGUAGAGCAGGACGAGGCAGGCCACGCCGUCGUGGACUGUGCCGAAUGUUUUUGAGUGAUUGACUAGCGGACUUAUGUGCCCGCGCCCUCAGAAUCUUGUAGAUUUUGUAAAUAAAUGACUCACUGUUCGAUCUAA